AUGGCUUCCAGAUUAGAAGAGGAUCUCUGCUGUUCCGUCUGCCAUGAUGUCUUCAGAGAUCCUGUCAUUCUGUCAUGUAGCCACAGCUUCUGUAAAGACUGUGUGGAGACCUGGUGGAAAGACAAAGACGACAAAUUGUGUCCAGUUUGUAAGAGUAGAUCUUCAAUGCGUAAACCACCUUGUAACCUGGUGUUAAAGAACCUGUGUGAGACCUUCUUACUAGAGAGAGAUCAGAGCUCUUCACCUGCUCUCUGCAGUCUGCACUCGGAGAAACUCAGACUCUUCUGUCUGGACCAUCAGAAGCCAGUGUGUGUGAUCUGUAGAGAUUCAGAAAAACACACCGACCACAGAUUCAGGCCCAUCGAUGAAGCUGCACAACAACACAAGAAGCAGCUUCAGGAAACUCUGGAGCCCUUGAAGAAGAAGUUACAGUGUUUUGAACGUGUUAAAGUAGAGUUUGAACAAACAGCAGAACACAUUAAGGUCCAGGCCGGACUCACAGAGACGCAGAUCAAGGAGCAGUUUAAAAAGCUUCAUCAGUUUCUGGAGGAGAAAGAGGAGGCCAGGAUGGCUGCACUGAGGGAGGAAGAGGAGCAGAAGAGUCGGAUGAUGAAGGAGAAGAUUGAGGCUCUGAGCAGAGACAUAACGGCUCUUUCAGACACAAUCAGAACCACAGAGGACGAGCUGGGAGCUGAAGACGUCUUAUUCCUGCUCAACUACAAGGCUGCAGUGGAACGAGUCCAGCAGCGCCCCCUGCUGGAUGAUCCACAGCUGGCCUCAGGAGCUCUGAUAGACCAGGCCAAACAUCUGGGCAACCUGAGAUUCAACAUCUGGAGCAAGAUGAAAGACCUGGCAUCCUACAGUCCUGUGGUUCUGGACCCAAACUCUGCUCAUCCAGUACUCAUCCUGUCUGAAGAUCUGACCAGUUUGAGAGGAGGAGCGAGACAGAAGCUUCCUGACAAUCCAGAGAGGUUUGAUCGAUACGCCUCAGUCCUGGGAUCUGAGGGUUUUAACUCAGGGACUCACAGCUGGGACGUCCUGGUUGGAGACAGUAUCAGCUGGACAGUGGGUGUGUCAGCAGAGCCUGUCCAGAGGAAGGGAAAAGAUCUGUCUGGAUUUGUGGGAAUAGUGUUCCGUGAAGGUAAAUACACAGCAGCGUCACCAUCAGGAUUAUCUGUUCUCUCUGUGCAGAAGAUCCAGAGGAUCAGAGUGAAACUGGACUGGAACAGAGGAGAACUGUCGUUCUCUGAUCCUGAUACUAACAAACACUUUCACACCUUCACACACACUUUCACUCAGAAGAUGUUUCCAUUCUUUAACAUAAUAGAUUCCUUGAAGCUGUUACCUGUGAAAGUCCAGCUGGCCUCAGGAGCUCUGCUAGACCAGGCCAAACAUCUGGGCAACCUGAGCUUCAACAUCUGGAACAAGAUGAAGGACGCGGUCUCCUACAGUCCUGUGGUUCUGGACCCAAACUCUGCUCAUCCAGUACUCGUCCUGUCUGAAGAUCUGACCAGUUUGAGAGGCGGAGGGGGACAGAAGCUUCCUGACAAUCCAGAGAGGUUUGAUUAUUACUUCUCAGUCCUGGGAUCUGAGGGUUUUAACUCAGGGACUCACAGCUGGGACGUCCUGGUUGGAGACAGUACACGCUGGGCAAUGGGUGUAAGAGCAGAGUCUGUCCAGAGGAAGGGACAGGAUAUGUCUGAAACAUGGAGAAUAGGGUUCCUUGAAGGUGAAUACUCAGCAGUGUCACCAUCAGGAUCAUCUGAUCUCUCUGUGCAGAAGAUCCAGAGGAUCAGAGUGAAACUGAACUGGAACAGAGGAGAACUGUCGUUCUCUGAUCCUGAUUCUAACAAACACACAAAGAUGAGCUUCCAGAACUCAGUGUCCCAGGUUGCUUUCACUUCUCACCUCGGUGUGAACCUGCCCCUGGACACAGCUUCCAACCCCUAG